UUAUGGAAAAGAAUGUGUCUGAAUUUACGUGUGGAAUGAAUAUUCAACCGGUAACUCCAACCCACAGAUGUCAAGGAUCCCGCUAAAGCCAUUGUCUGCCUGUUAAACGCACUAACCGUGCGUGCUCCCACCACCGGUAACCGCUCUGAACGGCUGCCUGAGUCCACAUACCCCCACCUUCACUUCCAGGAUCCUUCCUGAUUCAUGGAUCCCUAUUCUGCGGUACAUUAAUAUUCACAUCCCUCUUCAAUCAGCUUCUAAUCUUCAACUGACAACCCUUUCUUCUCCACUUCUCUCUGCACCACGCCUCCUAAGGCCACCAGUCGGAGGUUUUAGUGGAAAACUUGUCCGAAAUUAAUCAUCUUUCUGUAGCUUGUACGAAGAGUUGGGAUAAUUUUGGUGCCUUUCAUGCUCAGUUCUGAUUAGUUGUAUAUGGUCAUGGAGCCACGACAAAAUGGAUUCUCUAAUCACAUCAAUGGUUUCAGUUUGUAUGAUGAUGAUAUCUUACCCAUCUUUGAUCAAAGUUCAGCCCUCACAAAUGGAUACAAAUAUAAAGACGAACCUUUAGAUUUAAGCUUCUUGGAGAUUCCUUACACUCCACCAGAUCCUAACACUGGUUCUUCAAGUGUAUCCCCAGACAUCCCUUCACAAGAGGAAUCUCCAGAUGAAUUCAACGAAUGUGUUUUCAACUUCAUAGACCAGAUUCUUGUUGAAGAAGAUGAAGAGGGGAUACAAAGCUUGUUUUGUGACCCUUUAGAACUACAAGCCACCGAAAGAUCUUUAUAUGAAGCCUUAGGUGAACAAUAUCCCUCUCCUUCUCCACAACAUACAUUACCCCCAAAUCUUGAAACCUCAGAAGAGAAUGAGAAUACAAACAGCAGCACGAGUCACAGCAACUCAACUCAACACGAUUGGCCCAGUGGUUAUACUUUUGACUCAUUAUCACCCGUUACACAAACUCAAACUCUUGAUUACCACCCGUUCAUGUCAUUCAAUGAUGUCAAUGGCAAUAUGAAUCAAAUGCUAAAUACACACAUGGCACAAAAUAUAUUCACAGAUACCGAAUCUAUCAAGCAAUUCAAUAAAGGUAUGGAAGAAGCUAGUAAAUUCCUACCUUCUACAAAGCCUCUAGUUAUCGAUUUGGAUCAAUACGACUUACCUCAAGAUUCACCUCAAGAUUCAACAAACCCACCUCCAGAAGCUGUAGUCAAGAUUGAAAAAGUUGAAAAAGUAGAAAAAGAAAAACCUUCAUCCAAUUCCAAUGGUGUAGUUAUUAAAGGAAGGAAGCAUCAUCAGUUAGAUGACAACAGUUAUGAAGAAGAAAGAAGCAGCAAACAAUCUGCUGUUUAUGUUGAAGAAAACGAAUUAUCCGAAAUGUUCGAUCGUGUACUUCUCGGAGCCGAUACAAACUGCAACUCCACACCAUGUUCUGAAAAAGAAAAACCACAACAAAAUGGUAAUAACAACACCCGAAAUACCAAAAAAACCCCUACAAAAACCGUUGACCUUUCUACCCUUUUAGUCAACUGUGCCCAAGCGGUCGCCGCCGGCGACCGCCGCACCGCCACCGAACAACUCCACCUCAUAAAACAACACGCGUCAACUUCCGGCGAUGCUUCCCAGAGACUAGCUCACGUAUUCGCCACCGGAAUCGAAGCCCGCUUAGCUGGCACCGGGUCCCAGCUCUAUGCAGUCAAAACCGCCAUGCGGAUCACAGCUACCGAAAAGCUACAAGCGUAUCAAGUCUACCUUUCCGCUUGCCCUUUCAAAAAAAUCGCGUUUACAUUCGCCAACAAAUCAAUAUACGAUGCAGCUUCAACGGCUUCAAUCAUUCAUAUAGUCGACUUCGGAAUCGCGUACGGAUUCCAAUGGCCCAUUUUCAUCAAACAUCUUUCGGAGCGACCCGGCGGGCCUCCGAAGCUCCGGAUCACCGGAAUUGAAUUCCCGCAACCGGGAUUCCGCCCGGCCGAACGGUUAGAGGAAACCGGACGCCGGUUAUCCAACUACUGUGACCGCUUCAACGUCCCGUUUGAGUACAAUUCCAUCGCGAGCCAAAACUGGGAGACGAUUAAAAUCGAAGAGUUAAAGCUUCAAAGACAUGAAUUCGUAGCAGUCAACAGCUUGAUCCGAUUCCAUAACUUGUUAGAUGAAACGGUUUCGGUGGAUAGUCCACGAGACAAGGUUUUGAAAUUGAUACACGAAAUGAAGCCUGAUAUUUUCGUUCACGCGGUGAUUAACGGGUUUUACAGUGCUCCGUUUUUCGUGACCCGUUUCAAGGAGACGCUUUUUCAUUACUCUGCUUUGUUUGACAUGUUUGAUGCGACUAUUGAAAGAGGGAAUUACGAGAGGUUGAAUUUUGAGAAGGAGUUUUAUGGGCGUGAAGCGAUGAAUGUGAUUGCGUGUGAAGGUGGUGAACGGGUGGAAAGGCCGGAAUCGUAUAAACAGUGGCAGGUGAGGAUUUCGCGGGCCGGGUUUAAGAUGAAACCGUUGGAUCGGGAGCUUGUUUCGAAGUUGAGAUGUAAGCGGGUCGGGUAUCAUAAGGAUUUUGUGUUUGAUGAAGAUGGGAAAUGGAUAUUGCAAGGAUGGAAAGGGAGGGUGUUGUAUGCUAGCUCUUGUUGGGUCCCGGCUUAAAGAUGGAAACAUUUGGAGGAGGCUUUUGGAUUAAGAGGGUUAUGAAAUUUGAUGAGAUGUGUUUUAAGUCAUGUAUCAUAUGUUGUUAUGUUUUUUGUAUGGUUAACAUCUGAUAGACGUGAGCCUAGACUCAUCGAUUUACUAAUGUAACAUAUAUAUAAAUAUGUUUUUGGUAGAAGGCUAAAGGAAUAUUAAUAUA